AUGGUGACCGCAUCUUUCGCCAGACUUUUCUCUUUCCCCGAAGAGAUCAUCGACGCAAUAUGUCAGACGCUCUGCUCCCACUGCGGCAAGAGAGCCUGUCCUCGACAGUUCUUUCGUUACGAUAAGCAGAAGCCGGCUCAUGACGGAAAUUGUUUAUUGGCCUUAUCUCUGACAUGCAAGAAACUGAGGCGUAUUUCCCAACCGCAUUUGUAUCAUCGACCGAUGGGACGCGAUUUCAUUGAUUUCAUCGAAACCCUCGGUAGAACCCCAGCUCUUGGUCGACAUGUCAAGGAGCUCUGUGUAGACGAUCAAGUGAUUGGGUAUUUGUUUCGUCAAUACGAUGAACAAGUCGGAUUUCUUGCAAAGUGCGAUAAACAGUACGGCACUAAUCUGUGUCAAGCUGCCCAGAGAAACUCAAUGGUUCCGGUUCUAUUAUUCAGAAAUGCCACCGGCCAUUUCGCAGUAAUGAGACGAAGGCUCGGGAAAGGCAUCAAUUGGCUCAUCUCUGUUGUGCUCUCUCUCACACCAAUGCUUAACAAGCUUGAGGUUUAUGUCGAGAUGAACUGUCAAUUCCCAUCGACCCUGCCUGGAUGUCUUCCUAAUUUGAGGAAACUCAUUAUAACCGGGUCACGAAGUAUCCCAACUGACGAUCUUGAGGGCCUUGCUGGCCUACUGGAUGCAGCACCUCGACUGGAAAGAAUCGAACUGGUCAACUUGGACGUACGGGAUCCGGCAAAAGAGUCGAAGACGGGCUUCUGCCACGACACUGUCAAUGAGAUUAUACUGAGAUCAUGCACACUUCACAUCAGUCAGCUGGAGGCCAUCAUGCGUGGCUUCCCAAGACUACAAACUUUCAGGAUUGGUGCAUCAAGCCUUUGUAGACGCGCCAAUACACGAAGUCAAGAACCAAUUCCUCUGCACAGAUUUGAGGAUCUUUUGAUGCUGAGAAGCGACACUCUUAAACAUCUUACACUCGACUUUCCUGGUAUUCACCUCGACCAACCAGGUGAAAUAGUGCUCAAGGAUCUGUCGGAGAUGAAAGUCCUCGAGACACUGUACAUUGACAGCGGCAUGUUGGUUCGCGGAUGGCAGCGCCGUCAGCCUGGACGAAGGAUUUGCCACUUGCUUCCGCCGUCCAUCAAGGAGUUCGGUCUAAAGGGGAGAGCAUAUCAGAUGUUGCAUGAGGAGGUUUUGGAGAUGAUGGACAUGUCGACCUGGAUAUUCCCUCUUCUCCGAAAGGUAGUUGUUGCGGAGUUUGGAGACAAUUGGAUGAUUGACGGGGAUGAAUGGGAAAGGAGGUUUGCCUCGGCUUGUGAAGCUCACAACCUGGAACUUUCGUCAGAAGUGCCUCGAGGCUCACAGGGUUUGAUGCUCCCGGAGCCUUUUUGGGACUGA